AUGGAGCGUCCCCACGGUUACCGCGGCGGCCGCGGGGAAGAUGGCGCCGCCGCGCUGCCUGUGCGCCAUCUGCACCUGCGGAAAAACCCUACAUGCCAGAGAAUUCAUCCUGGUAUCACGUGUGUCACUUCUGAGGGCACGCAUGAGACCCGAGUAGUUCCUGAAGACCUGAGGCAUUUUUUCUGCUUCAGCAAUCACCUCCUCUUGCAAUAUUCGUGGCAGGAAAGUGGGCAAGUAACAGAUCCAAAAGCCGUUAUCUCAGGACCAAGCAGGCGCCAUCGCUGCCCUCAUAAUCCCACAACGAUUUAUGAUAAUGGACAACAGCCGUGCCUGACAACAGAGUAUGUGGAAAAAUAUCCCAAGUAUAGCAACAUCUCUCCUGCCCGGAGCCUUAAGCCAAAACAAGAGUACCAAGUGCAUCGUGGGAAAAUGGAAGGAAUUACGACAUUUAAGUCUGAUUAUUUGCCAUAUGAUACCGUGAGACGACCUUUUCGUGUACAAGAAGAGUAUAAACCAAAGACUGGAGAGAGAGAACUGGGAACCACAUACCAGAAAGAUUAUAAUGCUCAUAAAAUACAACCAGUGACAUUAGUAAGACCUUUAGAGAGAAAACACACUAUGGGAGGAAAAUUGGAUACCAUACCAACAUAUCAAGAUGACUAUAGGUCAUGGGAGGUUCAAAGAAGGGAACCUAGUAAGGUGGACCAUAUAUACCAUCCACCUACAGAGAAGUUUGGAAAUUCUACUACAUUUCAAGAUGACUUUGCUCCUAGGGAACUGAAUCCCAGACAAAGUUAUAAACCUCCAUGCAUGGCCAAACUUUCAGAUGUGCCUUUUGAUAGUACUACGAGCCAUCGCACUUCUUAUAUUGCUCAUCAACUGGCACCAAAAUUUGUGAAAUUGAAAGAAGAGUACAGGCCAAACAACCAACCCUUUGAAGAUCUCACAACCCACCGGAGUGAUUUUAAAGGGCUAGCUGGGCCACUCGCUAAAAGCUGCAAGCCUGAAAAUGCAAAAGUCAUAUCCAAUGCUCAUUUUAAUGGAGUCACUGAAUUCCAGGAUCGUUUUCAGCCAUGGUUGGUCUCCUUGCCUGAGGUCCGCAAAACAAAAGAGUACAUUCCUCCCCCAGGUAGCAUGGAUUUUAACUCCACAAGCCAUCUUGAUUAUGUAAAACAUGAGAUUUCUCCUGCUGUCCCCAUACGACCCAUUUCUAAUGCAAGAAUAACCAAUGCUCCCUUCCAAGGGAAUACUACUAUGAAGGAAGACUUUAAAGCUUGGGACAUCUGUCAACAAGAAAUUAUUAAGAAACAACAGGAAAUUCCGAAACCCACAGGGAAAUUCUAUGAUUUAACUACAUUCAAAUCUCAUUACAUACCACAUCAGAUCAUUCCAGCGCAAAGUUUCAAACCUGUACAGGUUAUUCUUCCUAAUCCAGCCCAUUUUCAAGAUGAAACCAUGUAUCGCACAGAAUAUACUCCAAAGAAACAGGAGAUGUGCCCAGCAAAUUAUCCAUCUCCUCCAGGUUAUGUCUAUGUAAAUACAGAUUCUCAUGGUCAUAAAUUUUUCCGCCAGCUUACGCCUGAAUUUUGUGAGUUAAACAGUAAUCAAAUUCCAAAGGAAGUAGCUGUUGUGUCAUAAUACUUAAAUGUAAUAUUCUGAACAUCCUGGUGAAACAACUGAGAUCUUUAGUUCUUUUCUUUAAAUCACAUUAAAAGGGAAUUAAAUAAUGCAAAUUUUGAUUUUAAAAGCAUUUAAGCUGAUAGUUUAAUAAAAAUCAAAGGAAAAACAAAAGUUUACUAGAAGACUUAAAGAUUUGCCUGGUUUUGUAGGAAUAAUCUUAUAUGGAAUCUACCCUUUUUUGACUGUGCAUUCUAAUUUCCUUGACUUCCCAGAUUUAAUCAUGUUCCAUCUCAACAUGCUUAUAUGUUUUUUUCUGAUCUCCUGCGAAUCAAAUGAUUGUUUUUGCAAAAUAGCAAAGGUUUUGGUAAAAGGUUGUUUUUUUUUUUUCAUAGUAAGCAAAUAGAGCCAUAAUGCUAAC